AUGACAGAGAUUACCAAAAGAUUAUUCAACAUAUUAGACUUAAUUGGACAAAAAUUUUUAAAAUGGAAAGAAGAUGCCAUCAUGAAUAUAGAAGCUCAAGGACUUGAACAAACUGUAUUGAAAGUAAAAGAAUGGAAUCCAAUAGAUGGAACUCAAGCUACCAAAAUAAAGGUGAUUUUUCCACAAGCUAGCCAUGAGUGGAAGAAUUUAAGAUUUUCUGAUUUUAAGACUCUCAGUGAAUACAAUUCAAUAUUAUACCGAAUUGCAUCAAUGUUGAAAUACUGUGAGCACCCGGUGAUUGAUGCAGAAAUGAUUGAACUCACACUAUCUACUUUUCAUCCAUCAAAUAUUAUUCUGCAACAACAAUAUUGGGAAAGAAAUUUCAAAAGAUAUUCAGAUCUGAGUGUAGUACUCUCAUUGGCUGAAAAACAUAAUGAUCUUGUCUGGAAAAAUCAUAAUAUGAGACCUAUUGGAUCUCAAACUAUCCGUGAGACACACUCUACUAAAACACAUGUGCAUGAAACAAAUGCAGUUGAAAAUAAAGCUCGUGGAAAUUAUAAUAACCGUGGUGGAUGA